UCCGACAGGCUAGCGAGCGCAACGUACGUCUCUACGCAAGCUACACACAGCCGCAAGCACGCGACGCGUGUGACACAAAGUGCUUUUUAAGUGAUACCAAAAGUGAAUUUGUUACCAUUGUGAGGAUAACAUUAGCAAAUCUGGAGCCACAUACUUCAACCAGAAGAUCGUCUGUGUGUAAUGCAGCAGGAAUGCAGUCGGUGCGCGCGGUGAGGGCGGCGCUGCUCUGCGCCUGCGUGCUGCUCCUGCAAUACGCAAGCGCGGAGCUGAUAGGCAGAUGUCCGUCAGAGCCUGGAGUUUGUAGUGCUCGGGCAACGCCAUGCACCUCAGACGACUAUUGCGACAAUCAGAUCUGCUGCAACACAUCUUGUGGGCAGGUCUGCGUCGACCCGCUUUAUACAGGUUGUGAAAACAUAAAACUGUCAUCAGAACGGAUAUCUCGGGCCCUCGUGGCUGAGAACAGCCGUGGUGGUAGAGGAACACUUAAAUCAAUCCGCGCACCAAGAUGCAGGAUCUCUGAUGGGGAAUUCGAGGAGAUCCAGUGCGAUAAUGAGAUUGUCAGCUCUUGUUGGUGCGUUGAUGAGGCUGGAUUUGAGGUUCCUGGCACAAGAGCACCGGCGGCAGCGUUAGUCAACUGCUCAAGAACUGCUCCUUGUGCGGCUCACACUUGCAGGAUGUUAUGUCCUCUUGGUUUCGAGCUGGAUGCACAAGGCUGUCCGCUCUGCAAAUGCCGAGACCCUUGUUCAUCCAUCACAUGUCCAGGAUCAUUAUCGUGCCAACUAGAGGAGACGCCAUGCUUGCGAGCCCCUUGUCCUCCUGUGCCAACAUGUAAACGAGGCAGAAGUUUACAAAACAUCUGCCCCGCUGGUGAACCCCUUCUUAUAUCUGAGACUAACCGACCAUUCUUAUGUGGCACUGACCCAGGAAAACCAAACUGCCCACCACUGUAUAAAUGUCUCGUUGAAAAUGGAAAUGACUAUGGCGUAUGUUGCCCUGCGUCUCUAGAACUCCAAAAAGCCGGUACUUGUCCACUGCCGUCAUCAACAGAAGAAGACUGUGGUACUCCUUGCGCUCAUGAUCUCGAAUGUCCAUCUAUGCAAAAAUGUUGUGACGGAGGAGAAUGUGGAAAACAUUGUACACUACCUCACAAUGUGACUAUGUGCACGCAACAAAAAAUGCUAGCUGAGCUGUUAGUGGUCAGUGAAAAGGAAGGCAGAGGCUAUGUGCCGCAAUGCGCAUCGGACGGGUCAUUCAGAUCACGACAAUGUUCGAGAAAUGGUUUAGUUUGUUGGUGCGUUGACUCAGAUGGUAAUAAACUUCGCGGAUCAAUGGGUCCUGCUCAUGGAGUAGAAUGUUCUGCAGUCCCACUUCCUGCGACUCGCAGCGGGGCUCGAAGUCUCAACUCGUGCGCUAGGGCACUCUGCGCAGGUGUAUGCGAAUACGGAUAUAAAUCAGGAACCGAUGGUUGUCCCACUUGCGAAUGUGACGAUCCUUGUGCUGGUUAUCCUUGUCCAGACGAACAAGAGUGUGUCAGAGUCAGAGAUGCUGACUGCUCAAGUGAACUGUGCACUGGAUAUCCUGUCUGUCGACCUCGAGUAUCAUACGAAAAUCCCUGCGAUGUUGGCGUCCCAGCGACGGACGAUAUAGGCAGUGUAGUGGGCUGCGAAACUGAUCCAGAUUGUCCUGGCGCUCAUAUUUGUAUGCGGUUCAGACACAGCAGUGCAGCCGUUUGCUGUCCCGAUCCUACUUUUGACAACAACGCCACUGACAGCGAAAUUAUGGAGGUAAACGUUGAAACGUGCGGCACAGAAGCAGAAUCAUUGUGUGGUCUGAAUUCGACUAUGGUCUGCGCUGAUGGGGUUUGCGACAAUGAUCUUGUGUGCUGCUCUACGACAAGUUGUGGCCCUGUGUGCAUUGAUCCGGCAAAAAUGCGUCUACAGACAGAUAGAGUGGACGAUAUUCCUACAAUGUGCGAGUAUCUCCGAGAUUUUGACGAGAAAAUGGAAGGUACCGUUGACGGGAUGAAACUGGCUCUACCGGCGCCCACGUGCAAAUCUGAUGGUUCAUUCACGGCACAGCAAUGCGCCAAUGGACGUUGCUGGUGUGUCGACUCCUUCGGUACUGAGAUACCUGAGACCAGUACCAAUAAUGCUUCAGAUGUUGAUUGUGAUAGAGUAAGAACAGAUCUUGAAUGUCUAGACUUAACUUGCCGCAUGGGAUGUGAUUACGGUUUUGAGCUAGGAUCAAACAAAUGCCCUACAUGUAAAUGCCGUGACCCAUGUUCCGGCGUUACUUGCUCUGCUGAUCGGGCGUGCACUGUUGUGGAUGUCGCCUGUGACGCUGAGUACUGCCCUCCUGUACCUGCGUGUUUGCCCCGAAAACCUGGCCAUUGUCCAUUCUUGGUACCGUCAAAUGGAGUUUGUGAGUGGCUCUGCAGAACUGAUGCAGAGUGUGGACAUAAUGAGCGCUGUUGCGCGACAGGUUGCGGCACUGCUUGCACCACCACCAUGCAUCAGUCUGCUUGUCAACAAAUGAGAUCAGCAGCACUUCACACAGCAGCUGAAAGUGGCAGUCCACCAUCGUGGUCUUACAUACCGCAAUGCAGGGAUGAUGGUUCAUAUGAACGUAUACAGUGCCGAAGAACUGACCAAUCAUGUUGGUGUGUCGAUAUUGCUGGCAACGAGAUUCCUGGCACAAGAGUAACAAACUCGACACCGCCCUGCGAUUCGCCUAUCGUAUGUCCUGAACCGAAAUGUGAGAAGACGUGCCCCUACGGACGACAACUCAACAACAACGGUUGUCCAACCUGCCAUUGCAGGGAUCCAUGUGAGGACGCCAAAUGUCGUAAUGACGAAACCUGCGAACUUGUUUCAGUGGAAUGUGAUGGAGAAUCCUGUCCACCUCUAGCUCGAUGUGCUCCGACUCCUCAGUGCCCAGGAGGUGUCGCUCCUCUCCAAGCACCUGAUAGUUCAGGCCCUCUACCAUGUGGUCCUAAUGCCGCUGCCUGCCCUUACACGCACGCAUGCCGAUUUGCUCCACACGACUCUGCGCCUGCUGUCUGUUGUCCCAAGCCUCGUGAAGUUUGCUUCGAAAACAAAGACGAGGGGCUAUGUGUCGGUGGUGAUGGCAUCAAUACAACCCGUUGGCAUUUCAAUCAUGAGAAAAAUCGUUGUGAAAGAUUCCGCUACCACGGCUGUUCUGGCAAUCAUAACAACUUCAAGACCAAGGAGGAAUGCAAUAUUGUUUGUCCUGUGAAAGAUGCUACAGCGAAACUGAUCAAAGAGGAGCUGACGACCCCAGAUGAAGUGCUGAGCCCGUGUGAAAGACUCCGCGAGAAGAACGAAGCGGCAUCCGAGAAAUUCGGCAAGGGCACUUUCAUCCCGAAAUGCGAUGCUACUGGAACCUGGGAGCCAGUACAGUGCAUGUCUCAUAUUGAUGUAUGUUGGUGUGUAAGCGCACGUGGAGAGCCCCUCAAAGGAUCUUUGGUGCGAGGAGCUAAGCCGACAUGCAAUUUUAGACAAGCACGUAAGUGGGUCCAACGCGAUCCGCUUGAUGAAAGAGCUCGUGCUGAUGAAGUAUUAGAAGAACUAAUCAGGCAAAUGACAGCAUACCGCUUUGACGAUGACGGAGAGAGUGAAGAAAUUGACAUUGCUUUAGAAGAAAGAGAGAUUCAAUCAGACCAGCCAACAGAAACCAAGAAUUCACUAGAGGUCAGAGAAAUAAUCGAUCCAAAACCCACUGCGGUAAAGGAGGGCACUGUUAUUGUGGUUAAUGAAGUUAAAGAGAAGACAAUUUUGAAGACCAAAUGUCAACUGAUGCAGGAGGAAAUUGAGAAUGGAGCUGAAGGUCUACGGCCGCGAUGUAUGGCCGAUGGGUCAUUUUCACCAAGACAAUGCUCUCGCGGAAGAUGCUGGUGCGUAGACGCAGCAGGCCAGAGGAGGCCUCAUGCUUCCAUCGUCACAGAUAACGGACAGGAUCCUUGUGAACAAACGCAAGUUGAAUCAGCUUUAUUGGAACUUGAAUUGCUAGGAGUGGAGAACGCCGUUGCUGAGCGCGCUCGAGCCGCAUUAGAAGUUCAGCUGGCAGCACUCGGGGUUCAUGUACCUGUUACUAUAUCAAAAGACAAGAAUACGGCAAAACUUCGAGCUUCGCUUUCUGGGCCUAGGGCCGUUGACAUCAUCUAUCAUAUAGAGAACAUUGCAAAACAGGAAAAAAUGGCUGAAAGUAACAAAUCGGAUGACAAUGUUCUCGGAGCCGAUUUCAUUAGAAGCGAAUACAGACUAGCUGCUCCCACACCUUCCAUGCAGCAAAGAGAAAUACUUAGUGAAUCUACAGUGUCAGCAGCAACAUCUUACCACACAGCGCUAAUAGUUUUAGCGGCUACUUCAGCAUUCAUCAUUAGUGUACUGUGUGUUCUGGUCAUGCUAUAUCGGGCAAGACUUCAAAGAGAACCACACAAAGCAGAGCGCUUCUUACCAGCGGCACCACCAGUCUACGUACUCUCAGCAGACGAAAAAGCAGAGCUAGCAAGAGUAUUACACGCUCCACCUCCCCCUGUCCCCCCACAAACGACUGAUGACGACCACACAAGAGUAUAAGUGUUUCCGCUCCAUUUACGUUACUCAAACGUUGUUUCUCAAAGACGUUUUAAGUUAGUACAGAUAUUAAAAGUAAUAACAGGGGUCCAAUUAUAAUUGGCUAAAGGCUAACUAGAGCUUUGAGUAACGUCGAUGUUGUAAAACGUUAAAUUGUCGUCGUUCAUUCAAUGGCAAGUAGAAAGAACUUAAGAACAGCAGAAGUUUUAAAAUAAUAUUAUACGUACUGGGUUAUUUGUAAAAUGCCAACAACCUCGCAGAACUGUACCGCCGUCGUUACUUGAAAGGGCGACAAAAACUCAAUAACCGAAAAAUAAUUUUUAAAGAAAUUAAAUCGAAAGAUACUUUUUUCUUGCAGUAACUUCAUAACUUAUUCAUAUAUGAAAAAUAAAAAUAGUGACAGAUCGGCCUUUUUUUACUGAUCAUGGCAGUAUAAAGAACAAAAUUAAAAAAAAUAUGUCACAUGAGCCUUUCAACUAACGGCGGCAGUAUGUUACUAUUGUCAUAUACAAUACCUUUAUUCUAUGACUUUUUACAAAACAUAAGUUUACCCACAGACCACAUAAAUAUUAGGUUUACCUAAAAUAAAGUUAUAAGUUUUUGUCAAAGUCAAAUAAUCAUAUAUUGCAUAGGUAAAAUUUUUACA